UUUUAAAAGAGAGUAUUUUUAAACGUCUCUCCAAUAGCGUACAUUUGCUCUGUACAUAAUUUUUUCUUUUUCUUCUUUUCAAGCUUGAUUCCGUGAGUAAAUAGAGUUUGAAAAAAUCAUCAAUUUUUAAAAUCAUUAAUAACAAUUGCUUCAAUAUACACGGAUAAAUGCUUGAAUGGGGGGGAUUCUGACUUCUGAAGAAAAAGUAAAAAAAGAUUCUUUUUGGAUUGAAAAAAGAAAUCAAAAGGGGCAAUAAAAGGAAUAAUCUUUAGCUAAUUGAUCUGGGUACUUUUUCUUUUUGCUAAUUGUUGCAGAUUCUUGGGCUCUUUUGGUUCAAGGUAAAACCAUUGCUGACAAUGAGCCACUAGCAUUUCACUUAAUGGGCUGGCUGAGCAAAAUUUUCAAAGGUUCCAACCAUAAAGUUUCGGAAGGCCAAUAUGACUGGAGAUGUGAAGGACAUAAAGAAGAGGAUCACCAAUCUACACCUGGGGACUCUUGGUCAGAGACUGAAGAAAUAGACCGAGCUAUUGCAAUCUCGCUCUCAGAGGAGGACCAGAAAGGGAAACCUGUGGUUGACAGUGAAUCACAACUCAAAGAAGAUGAACAACUUGCCAGAGCUCUGCAGGAAAGCUUGAAUGUCGAAUCUCCACCUCAGCAUAUAAGCAGAAAUGAUCUUGGAAGUGGGAAUGGAUAUGGUAAUAGGCAUGUAAGCAGAAAUGAUAUCGGAAGCGGGAAUGGAUAUGGAAAUGGAAACUUCUAUCAUCCAAUACCUUUCCCAUAUUCUGCAAGCUUUAGGGUAUGUGCAGGUUGUAGCACUGAAAUAGGUCAUGGACGGUUUUUGAGUUGCAUGGGAGCCGUAUGGCAUCCAGAAUGUUUUAGAUGCCAUGCCUGUAACCAACCAAUAUCUGAUUACGAGUUCUCAAUGUCUGGGAACUAUCCCUAUCACAAAACAUGCUACAAGGAGCAUUAUCACCCCAAAUGUGAUGUCUGCAAACACUUUAUUCCAACAAAUGCAGCUGGUCUUAUUGAAUACAGAGCACAUCCAUUUUGGUCUCAGAAGUAUUGUCCUUUUCAUGAGCAUGAUGGUACACCCCGUUGCUGUAGCUGCGAGCGAAUGGAGCCACGGGAUACUAGAUAUAUUGCCCUUGAUGAUGGUAGAAAGCUUUGUCUCGAGUGCUUGGACUCUGCCAUAAUGGAUACGAGUCAGUGUCAACCCCUUUAUUAUGAUAUACAAGAAUUCUAUGAAGGGCUAAAUAUGAAAGUGGAACAGAAAGUUCCUCUGCUUCUGGUUGAGAGGCAAGCACUGAAUGAGGCUAUGGAUGGAGAGAGACAUGGGUAUCACCACAUGCCUGAGACAAGAGGACUUUGCCUUUCUGAGGAACAAACUAUCAGCACUAUUCUGAGGCGGCCAAGAAUAGGAGCUGGAAAUCGGGUCAUGGACAUGAGAACGGAACCUUAUAAAUUGACACGCCGCUGUGAAGUGACUGCAAUUCUUAUCUUAUACGGUCUACCUAGGUUGCUGACUGGGUCGAUCCUUGCGCAUGAGAUGAUGCAUGCAUGGCUUCGACUAAGAGGUUAUCGAACUCUUAGCCAAGAUGUUGAAGAAGGUAUUUGCCAAGUACUAGCACAUAUGUGGUUAGAAACCCAAAUUGCAUCCAUAUCAAGCAGAAAUGGUGCUUCAACUUCAUCAGGCAUGUCAUCGUCGAAGCAGGGGAUUAGAUCUCCUUUUGAGAGGAAACUCGGGGAUUUUUUCAAACACCAGAUUGAAUCAGACACGUCGCCAAUUUAUGGAAAUGGCUUCAGAGCUGGUAACCAAGCAGUGCUUAAAUACGGACUAGAAAGGACGUUGGAUCAUAUUCGGAUGACAGGAACAUUUCCUUUUUGAAACAUUGAGCUUAAGGUUAGAAAGCAGACUCCAUUCAUGUGUCAAGAAAGAAGGUUGGUCCAUUCAUAUUAGUGCCUUGGACCAUGCCAUAUUAUUAUUAUUAUACCUUAGAAGUUCAGGAAAGAUAUAAUUUUCAGUACCUUCUGUAGAGUGAUCUCAACACGACAAACAAGGAUAGACACAAAACAAAAAUCCAUUCUUUUAGAAAAUUAAUGAAGUCUUGUAAGUUUGAUUUC